UGGGAGUCGCGCAACCGCCCGAGAUUCAGCAACGGCGGCGGCUGCGCGGCGGCUCGGUGUGAUAGCGCUGCGAGACUCGCGGACGCGCCGAUUGCGACAGAGCGCCAGCAGUUGUCCCGCUGGCGUCGUGGGGAGCACAUAUCGUCGCUGUAGCCGCCGCCUUCUCCGCCAUAUAACCUCGCCUCUACACAGUGUUGUUUUUUCCUCGCCGCGCAUGUGUUUACAUUCUGACAUAAUUCCUCCUAUACAUCCCGCGGGCAUCGCCGCGAUACGGGGACUUUUGAGCGUGAGCUAUAGAGAGAAAGAAAAAGAGGCAAACGUCAGAUCGAGUGUGUGGAGGAGAGAAGAAGAAGAGGGAGUGUAUUAGAAAGAGACGUAAGAUGCUGGUGCGCGCCGUGGAAUGCCGCGACUCGGGCUGAAGAAACAUUCUGUAUGCGCACUCAUUGCGAAAGAAGCGCCAUCCGCACGAGUCGCGAUAAGAGGAAGCCGAGCGCGGCUUUGUUUACCUGCCGGUGCAGCGUAAUAACGACAGCAGCAGCAGCAGCAACAACAACAGCAACAACAACAACAACAACAACAACAAAGACGACGACGAAGCGAGUCGGCAUUUUUCUCGCGAAAACGACGAGGGCGCAUAAGUAGCUAGAUAUAUACAGCGCAGCCAUAAGUGUUUUGGCUUCUUGUAUCAAGCUCGUCGAUCAUGAGUGAUAUCGACGGCUCCUCGACGAGCUGGCAGCCGAAGCAGUUCCUGGAAGACGAUGUGGAGGGAGAACUUGGACCGAGUCCUACUGCAGCUUGUUUAAAGAAUCGACGGAGCCACAGGAGUAGCCGAAACAUCAUGAGAACGCCGGAGGACACGAGUGCAAAGACGCAGAGAAGGAUAACGAUGGCCACCGCCUUCUUCCUCACGGUGAUCCUGACGAGCAGCGUUGCGGCCGGCGAGGCUGCCUUCUGCCCGAACGGCUGCAUCUGCAACGACGAGACGCUCGUCGUGUCCUGCAUCAGCGCGAAGCUCGACGUGAUCCCGAUCGCGCUGAACCCGAGCAUCCAGCGCAUCGUACUGCGCGACAACCAGAUCAAGAUCGUCGACGCCGCGGCCUUCCAGUUCUACGGUGACCUGCGCAACGUCGACCUGUCCUUCAACCACCUCUUCACCAUCCCCGACAACAGCUUCGAGGCCCAGAAGCAGCUGGUCGAGCUGCACCUCAAGCACAACAAGAUCUCGGCUCUCACCGAGAAGACCUUCACCGGGCUCAAGUCGCUGACGGUACUGAACCUCCGGAACAACUACCUCGAGGCCCUGACAAACGGGCUCUUCACCUCGCUCGACAAGCUCGAGGAGCUCGACCUCGGCCAGAACCGGAUCUCCAGCGUCGAGCCCGGCGCCUUCCAGAAGCUCGGCUCGCUGCGAGUCCUGUACCUCGACGACAACCAGCUGCAGAGCAUCCCCUCGCCGGCCCUGGCGCCGCUGAACGCGCUGGCCGAGCUCCACGUAGGGCUGAACGCCUUUUCCUCGCUGCCCGAUGACGCGUUCCGCGGCCUCGAAAGGCUCGCCGUCCUCGACGUCGCCGCCGCCGGCCUCGACAACAUCAGCGACGAGGCCUUUCGCGGACUGAACGCCCUCAAGAGCCUCAAGCUCAACGCCAACAAACUGCGCGAGGUGCCGACGAAGCAGCUCUCGACCCUUCCCCGGCUCGAGGAGCUCACUCUCGGACAAAACUUUUUCACCUCGCUGCGCUCCGGCGCCUUCAAGGGCCUGAGCAACCUCAAGAAACUCGAGGUCUCCGGGGCCACGCUCCUGACGACCGUCAAGCGUGGCGCCUUCUCCGACAACGGCAACCUGGAAAUCCUCGUGCUCAACAGCAACAAGCGUUUGAGCAGCCUCGAGGACGGUGCCCUAGCUGGCCUGCCCAACCUGCGCCACCUGAUGCUGCGCGACAACAACUUUGCCAGCUUCAGCGAGUCCCUCGUCGCCUGGAACGAGCUGCGCCGGCUGGACCUUAGCGAGAACCCGCUCGUCUGCGACUGUAGCGUGCUCUGGCUCGCGGACGUACUCGCACCCAGGAACUCCAGCCCGGUGAUCUGCGCCGAGCCCCGGGACCUCCAAGGCAAAUCCCUGAAGGGCAUGCGACCCGACGAGCUCGGUUGCGCCUUUUCCGACCCCAGGCAGCAGGCGCUGCUGGCCACCCUCUGCGCCGCCGGCAUCGCCUUCUUCGCCGGACUGGCCUUCAUCCUCUACUAUCGCUGCAAACGUCGCGUGCGGGAUGCCUUUAAGGACUACGAGUGGAAGAACCGCUCGAUAUCGCGCAAGGAGCACGAGUACCAGAAGACCUUCUCCGAGGACGAGUACAUCGUGCGCGCGGCCCAUGGGCACCACCUGCACCAGCCCCAGAACCAGCACCCGCUGCACCUGCACCACCAUCAGCAGCUCGCCGCGCACCAGCAGCACCUGCAGCAGCAGCAGCAACAGCAGCAACAGCAGCAGCAGCAACAGGCCCACCAGAUAGCCUCCGGCAUCAAACCUAUACCGGUGACGGAACUGUAGCUAGAGCUUCGGGCGGCGAGCCCCAGUAACCACCACGCGGGAGGUGUUUGGUUCCUGCCCCACGGCGGCACCACUCCUGCCGAAGGUUUCACCUACAUCGAUGGGGAGACGGCGCAUAAGAUGCGCCACCCGGGGACGCUGCCCGGCUCGCAGAGCCUUCGGCUCUGCACUAACUCCGCCUGCACCGCCGCCAACGGUGACCUCGUGUCGCCCAUGAACAAUGGCUCGGCCGGCGGCCACCACUACGGCAACAACCACCACCACCACCAGUCGCUGCGUCGCGGCCAGAGCUCGCGCUGCUCCAAGACCAGCCCCAAGGGCUGCAACGCCAGCUCCACGACGGCGCCCAACUCGCCCUCGCCGCCACCACCGCCGCCGCCCAGGUACCCCGCUCAGUACCCCACCCUGCCGAUGAACGGCAGCGCUUGCCACCACUACGAAACGCCGCGGUACAGCUCCGUCAGGGAGACCGGCACUACUGGCAGGAGGGAGCGCAACCGCGAGAGCAGCCGCAGGAUGGAGCAGCUCUCCGCCUCGUCGCACCAGCAGCGCCAGGAGGAGCUGGAGAUCCACCGGGGCAGCCUCGCGCGACGGGACCUCGGCGGUUACCACGCGUAAGCGACUCUAACGGAAGACGACCGAAGAAGAAGACUGACCGACCGUGGUGAUGACGAUAACGAUGAUGUCGAUGCUGUUGUUGUUGGACGUUGUGUUAUCCGUGCCGUGAUGUGAAACGAAAAGCAAU